AUGUUCAAACUUCUUGCUUAUUUUACACUCGCAGCCAUUUUCAUGUUGACAACGAAUGGCUUUAUGUUCAGUCACAAAGAAAAAUGUCAAAUAUCGGUUUACAAAGGUGGUAAAGAUUUUAGCGGUGAUAAAAUUAUGGCAAAUAAAUCAUUCAUUCCUUAUUUGAAAUCGAUUGGUGCUGUUGCGAAAGGAUGUAACGUGCGAAUUCAUGUUGUUGGUUCAUAUAAACAAUUGAAAACACCAACCGAAUAUGUCUUGUCAUCACAAAUGCCAUUGGCUCUCGGUCGUGGUAUUUAUUUUGAUUUACAAAAUCCAAAAGGUUCGACUGUAUGUAAUAAAUUAUGUAUGACAACACAUUCAUGGAAAACCCUUCCCGAAGCUGCUUGUUUUAUUGAUAAUGUUCAAAAGAAAGGUGUCAAAUUCACUGAGCCAAACCUUCUACAUGAUGGCUAUACAAGUAAAGCAAGUACAUCGGAGAUUGAAGCACUGAAGGUAGCGACGCAAAAGUUAUGUGCACCAAAAACCAAAGGUUAA